CAGAGUUACGCUACUUCUUUACUGUCUACUUUUACCUAUUUAUUUGUUUGUUUGCCGCGACCAGCAGUUAGAGAUUAUAGUAACAAUGCGUGAUCAAAUUAAAGUCACGAAACACUUGGAGACAUUUCCGCUCGGCAUUUGUGAAACAUCCAGCGAGUGUGAUUAAUUACUUUUCCAAAACGUCUACAGCAAACAAGCGUUGCAUGAAAUCAAAUAAAGUAGACAGUGCUGCACAAGCUUUUUUCCCCACCUUGUCAGUCAGGUGCCAUCACUGGGCUCGUGCGUGCUCGCGCAGGCAGAUUAGAAGAAGAGGCAAGAGAACAAAGCUGUGACAUGGUUUGGUUAAUGCUGCUAUGAUGGAUUUGACUAAAAUGGGUGUGAUCCAUCUCCAAAACCCUGGGCACCCUACAACUCUCCUGCAGAAGGCCAACCAGAUGCGUCUGUCAGGGACAUUGUGCGAUGUGAUCAUUAUGGUAGACAGCCAGGAGUUCCAUGCCCACAGAACUGUGCUGGCGUGCGUCAGCAAGAUGUUUGAGAUCCUGUUCCAUCGAAAUAGCCAACACUAUACUCUGGAUUUCCUCUCACCAAAGACCUUCCAGCAGAUCCUGGAAUAUGCCUACACUGCCACACUCCAGGCUAAACUUGAAGAUUUAGAUGACCUGCUAUAUGCUGCAGAGAUUCUGGAGAUCGAGUACUUAGAGGAGCAGUGUCUGAAGAUCUUGGAGACCAUUCAGUCUUCCGAAGAGAACGACAUGGACAUAAACACAAACGAGAAUGGCACAGAAGAUGAUGAUGAGCGUCGGAUGAAGUAUUUAAAGAGCACUUUCAUUUCCAAAAAACAUUCCAUACAGGAGGGCAACUACAGCUCUGCUGGCCGCCAUCGACUGGCCCUGGGCAACAUGGUUGACAAGAAGCCUUUAGUGUCAGCGCCACUGGGCCUUAAUACCGUCAGCCCCACAAGGGCUGCUGUGGAGAGUCUGAUGAGCAUUGGCCAGUCUCUCCUGGCAGGGACUGUGACACAAGGCCUCACUUUCUCCCAAGAAAACUCUUCUCCAUUGCUCGAAAAGAUUAAGACUGAAAUGAUGCAAGUGGACGAGGAUGAUGGCCACGAGGGUAGCUCUUCCAGAAAUGGAGAUGGGAUCAGUGAGUCCAAACAGCACAGAGGCACUCCGGGAACCCCCACUAGAGGCACUGUCAUCACUAGUGCUCGGGAGCUCCAUUCCACUGAUGGUGUUCUUGAAUCACAUGGAGAUGCCAGCCAAGUGGGACCAGCAAAUGUUGCCAGUCUGGCUGAGAGACAUCUUGCAGCAUUGUACAACCAUAAGAAUGAGAGCAUGCUGCCCAUAUCUGUAUCCAUGGCUUCAUCUCUGCACAUGCCACCCACCCUUGCUAUGUCUGCAGACUUUGGCGCCUAUGGUGGGCUCUUCCACCAGAGCUUCAUUCAGCGGGAGUUCUUCAGCAAACUGAGCAAUUGCACAGCAGGUGCAAAGCAUGAGGGCCAGAGGGAGCGCUGCAGUGUGUGUGACAUGGAGCUGCUGGACAGUGAGACUGCAGAGCAACACAGGAAACUGCAUAGUGACAUGAAAACCUUUGGCUGUGAAUUCUGUGGAAAACACUUUUUGGAUAGCUUACGGCUGAGGAUGCACAUGCUGUCACACUCAGAUGGACCAAAAGCGCUGGUGUGUGAUCAGUGUGGAGCUCAGUUCUCUAAAGAGGAUGCCUUGGAGACCCAUCGGCAGACACACACAGGCUCAGACAUGGCUGUGUUUUGUCUACUGUGUGGGAAACGCUUCCAGACUCAGAAGGCGCUGCAGGGCCACAUGGAGGUCCAUGCAGGUGUGCGCAGCUACAUCUGCAGCGAGUGUGAUCGAACUUUCCCCAGCCACACAGCUCUCAAACGCCACCUUCGUUCACACACAGGUGACCACCCUUAUGAGUGCGAGUUUUGUGGCAGUUGCUUUCGGGAUGAGAGCACGCUGAAGGGCCACAAGCGCAUCCACACUGGAGAGAAACCCUACGAAUGCAACAGCUGCGGCAAAAAGUUCAGUCUUAAACACCAGCUGGAGACACAUUACCGCGUACACACAGGUGAGAAGCCAUUCGAGUGUAAGCUGUGCCACCAGCGCUCGCGUGACUACUCAGCCAUGAUCAAACACCUACGCACCCACAAUGGAGCUUCACCUUACCAGUGUACCAUCUGCCAGGAGUAUUGCCCCAGCCUCUCAGCCAUGCAGAAACACAUGAAAAGCCACAAGCCUGAGGAUGUUCCCCCAGACUGGAGGAUUGAGAAGACCUAUCUGUACCUAUGCUAUGUGUAAGACAGUUGAAGAAAGGAAAGAAGAAACUGGUGGCUCAUUCACUCAUUUUGUUCUAAGCCUGGGCCAAAGAUGGAGAAGGAAAGUGAUCAAAGCUGUUGUGUAAAAUUUUUUUCAUGCCAUUUCAUAUGCACAUGUUAAAAUUCAUCUCUAGGGACAUUACAGUGUUCUUGCAUUGGUAAAUGGAAUGUAUUGUUAAUUGUUAAUGACUUUUAACAAAAGUAGGAGAACCCAAUUAAUAUGAUAUUUCAUAAUAUUCUAGCCCAGCAUGCUUCUCACUAAACAAAAUCCAAGAUUCCACCUGUUAUACUGAAAGUAAUAACGUUUGUGGAAGCCACAUGAAAAAAAGCAGAUAACUGUUUGAAAAGCAGAAAAAUUAAAUAAAUAAUCAAAAUAGAAUCAAAAUGACAUCUGUUCAGCAAUGCAGGUCCAUCACACAGCUCAUUUUGAGUGUCAGAAGCACUUAUUGGUGGCCAUUUGAUGACAGGUAAAACUCAAAUUGUGCUACAUUAUGGCCACAAAAUAUCAAGGAUGUUCAGGGAAGUGUUCAUACAGUAACUACACUGUGCACUUUCACAACUGAUUUGAUGUCAUAACUACAAUGUACAGCAUAGUUAUGGAUACAGACAGGGGAUUUGGUUUGCUUUUCAUUAGUUGUCCACCAUUGUCCUACCAUUGAAAUUAGUGUAGUAGGGCUAACUGUAACAUAAAGUGCAUAUGUUGUUUUGUUAUAAAGUAAUGCAGUAUUACUGGAUUAAGACUCACAUUUAGGGCUGCUGCACAUUGGUAAAAAAGUUUUUUGUGCCGUAUAUUGAUACUUUGACUUCUGGACAUUGCAAUGGGGUGUCAUGUUCAGGCAUCUUAAGAUUGAUUAUACAGCAGGCUGAAUGAAAAUGAGAUCUUUUAAAUACAUAUAAAAUGUAAAGAUCAAAGUAACCUAACUAGAGAUUAAAGAAGAAUAUGCAGUAUUCAGCUCUACAGAUGUUAAUUUUUCAUGGCUUAUUUUUUAUUUUUUUAUUUUUAUUUUUUAAAGUAACUUGAAUUACUUGAUUGUCUUGUGCUUCAUUUAUUUUUAUAUUACACCACAGCACUGGUGCAUGCACUGAUGAUUCGUCAGAAGGUGUUGAUUAGAUUUCUAUAACGGCAGCUCUGACAGAAGUUUUGGCUGCAAGGCAAAACACAGGUUUAUAUUAAUGAGUUUGCUCUAAUGCAUUAUUGUUUCUACAGUAAUAACUUAUACAGCGGCCCGUAUGGCAGAUGCUCCACAUAAACCGACAAAAAAUGUUGUUGAUAUGGUGAGGUUUUCUGUGAGGAGACGUCAAAUUAGCAUUUUUUGGAAGGAGUCUCCAGUGUCAGUGCUUUAUAACAGUCAGAGCUAAACUUGUAACUUGAAGCUUUCUGACAUGCUGCAUUUCUUGUCAUAUUAACUUCAAGAGAGAGGAAAAAAGUGAGGGAGCAACUCUUUAUAGCUGCUAUAAUUUAAGUGAUAACAGGAACGAACUUGUUUCAUGGAUGUUCUACAGCAUUAUAUGUAAGUAUAAAUGGAUAAAAAGUAUGAUGUGUCAUUCUUUAGUAAAUAAAAUAUAUAAUCAUUGACAAAUUACUGUGGUACAAGAGUAACAAAACACUUCAGGACAUGCUGUUUUUGGAAAAUAAUCAAAAAUUAUUUUCCUAUAAUAGCACACUCCCUCUAUGUGUGUCUUGUGGUUAAUUGAGCUGCAUUUAGGACAAUGGAUUAUAAUACCAUACAGUGGUUCAGUUAGACAUAACAAAAUCAUCAUAACCUGCACUCAGUGAGAGCUGUAUAAAGAUGCUCUUUGCAUUAAUAUCAAGUUUUACACUGCUCAGAUGUAUGCUUUUCUGCCCUCUGUGUGCUACCUCUUCAUGGCUCUUUGUUUUGCACAAAAGCAAAAGCACAUUUGAUUAUGUUUAUAAUUUGCAGUUUAAUCUUAUCUUUUGCUUAAUUCUCAGAGAUCUUGAUUUACUUGACUGACAUCAUAUUUACACUCCAUAUCUGAUUUACCAUUUUAAAAUGAAACAGACCGUAUCCUGAUGUUUUAUUUCAUAAAAUUUUAUAAAAUGUUUAUGAGCUAUGGUAUAAGGGUGAAGCUUAAGUAUAGAAGUAUUGUCUUUUUAUGUGAAAAUGAUUGUAAAGUGGAAUUGUCAAAUGACAUGCAGUUCUGCUAAGUUCAUAAAUUGUGUGUAAAGGUACUCAUGGGGAAAAAAAUGUACAUGAGAAAGCAAAAAAAAAAAAAAAAAAAAAAGACAAGAGCCAAAUGUGGCACUUUGAUAAGAAAAAAAAAACGUUGUAUUUUUGUAUUCUGUAAUGUGCAAAAUCUGUCCACUUGUUUAUAGUUGAGUGAGUCAAGUACUUUUACAGUAACUUUUGCAUUGUGUUUGUUUUUGGUGAUCUUUUUGUGCCUCUUUUACAAUGUUGACGAAGUUCAGUAGUAGAUGUUUGUAAAUCUUGUACUGUGGUCACUGCUGCUGGGUGUCAGUUUUUCAUUAAUGAUUAUCUGCCAAGAUCCGCAGGCCUACUAGUAUCACAAAGCACAAAAUACCUAACAGAAAAGGCAGAAAUGUUUUUUUUUUUUUUUCUGUUUGCUUGCAUUGUGGUCACAGCAUAUUCACUGUGAGAUCCAAAACACAUUAUAUGCAGUUAUAUGCAGGUUUUUGUGUGUGUGCAGUGUGAGUCAAAAGAAUUAUUGUGGUCAACUUGUUCAGUGUGUAAAUGCACUACUUAUGAGGAAAGAAAAUAAUCUUCCAUGAAGUCACAAAAGAUUUAAUUUUAAUAUUGUUCUAAAAACAUUUUGUAUUAAUUUUUUUGCUUCAUUAAGAUAUUGCAUGUGUCCAGAAAUACUGAGGAAAUUCACCACUGAAAUUAACUGUGACAAACAGGGAUGUCAUUAAUUUCCUUACUGCACAUCCAGAUCACAACCAUAAAACGAGUUCUGGCAAAGCAGUCAAUAUUAAUUGUUAUCGAACACUGAGUUUAUUUUGUUCCUUUGUCUAUAAUGAACUUCUUUAGGCAAGGGGUAAUAAAGUACACUGUGAAAAUGUCAGGCUAGCCUUUACAGAAAAAUCACUUUGAUUUCACACUUGAUCAAAUGUUUUUCACAUGUGACCAUGUGAGUAAUAUGUGAUCACAUGUGAAGGUACAUUUCAACCUGUUAUGCACUGAAAAUGCACAUGUGAACACAUGUGAAGGAUAUGUGACAUCAUUUGAAUAACAUGAUCACAUGAAAAAUUAACAUAUGGAAAUAAGUGAAUUGUAGAAAAAAAUCACAUGAAAAUAAAGUCAUGCACUACAUGUAACAAAUCCACAUGUUAAAAACUUUUUGUAGGGUUUGCAAUAAAACCGUAUGCGCAGCACAGACUUGACAAAGUGGCAUCCCUGUGUCACUGUGUUUUAUUUUGCCUCAACCUAGAAGUAGCCAUUUCGUUCAGUGCCCCCUUAUCAGUGCCAUUCACAUAAAAUUUGAUAAAUAAUCAUAAAAUUUGAUAAAGCACUGAGAAUCCAUGUUGGACCAAAUGAAAUCUGUUUUUCAAAAAUAGAUUAUUUUCUUGAAGUAUCAUUGUACUUUUAUGUUGAAAUGAUUUACAUUAAUUGUCUUUUAGUUCAUUGUACUGUCUACCUCAGCACCAAUUCUUUAUAUAACCCUAAAAGGUGCCCAAUUACAGCUGAUCUGUUUUGUUUUGUUCGUUUUCUCACUUGUGCAUAUGUUUUUUCUUCUUUUUUCUUUUCUUUUCUUUUUUUUAAUUUUAGCAUUUGGAAGUUAUUUCUAUUUUGGAUUGUUGUUUUUUCAGUAUUUUCAGCAUAAAGUUGAUAUGCUGUCUUUUUGAACUGUGUGGUGGCAUUGAUGCAGAUUGAGGUGUAUUCCUUUCUCUCUGUGUGUGGGCUCAAACACAGCUCUGUGUUACUCUUAAUGUUGUCUGGGGUGUGGAAAAAUAAUAAAGAUAUAAAAGAGA